CAUGAGAGUCCAUUAGGUUUAACUAGUCAUUCUUUCACGCUCUUUGAACGCGUGAGUGUCGCAUUCUAAGUGCUGUUUAAAGUAAUCCACCACGAAGCUUCAUCGUCAACGCCAUUUUAUCUUGGUCCUCCAUUGCAACAACUUACUUUCUGAGAAACCAAACACUUUCACAAUUUUAACCAAUAAACAAAAUUCAAUGACAUUUUGGUCUUUAUUUAAAUAAUCUAUCUCCUUCUCUCUGGUAAGAAAAACAAAAACCACCAGACAAAUACCCUCUUUUCUUCUUCAUCUUCUUCUUCUUCUUCACACCUCUUAUUUUAAUUAAGAUAUCUUCUCUAAUAAUCUCUGAUUUAAUUAAACUCUCUCUUCCUCCAAACUGUGUGACUGUGUGUGUUGCGAUAUGGAGGUAUUCAAUAAAGCUAAGGCUGUCAAACUCCGGGGCCACCUCAACAAAUACCUAGUCGCCGACGACGACCAACAAAAAGUCCGGCAGAGCCGCCACGGCUCCACACGUGGAGCGCGGUGGCUGGUGGAGCUCGUGGAAGGCAACAGCCACGUCGUCCGACUCAAAAGCUGCCACGGCCGCUACCUCACCGCCUCCAACGUCCCUUUUCUUCUCGGCAUGACCGGACACAAGGUGCUCCAAACCCUACCGCCUAGCAUGAAGGACCUCACGAUUGAGUGGCAGCCCAUCCGGGACGGGUUUCAGACGAAACUCAGGGCUUUCGGAGGGACCUUUUUACGUGCAAACGGAGGGACGCCGCCGUGGAGGAACUCCGUCACCCAUGACAGUCCUUAUUAUGCCACUUCAACCCAAAAUUGGGUUCUGUGGGACGUGGAAGCUGUGGAUGUGCCGGAAAACGACUCGCUAAAGGAAUAUUUGUCCAUGCUUUCCACCGUUUCUUCGCUUUCCGAUGAGCUGUUCGGGUCGGAGUUUGGCUCUCCGAUGUCAAUACACUCCUCCUAUUCCCCUGCAAAGUCGUCCAUGAAGAAUAAGACCAUCGGAAUGGAUCUGUUUCACAACGCCAAGGCGGUCCGUCUCCGGGGCCACCACGACAAGUACCUCCACGCCGACGACGACGAAGAGUCGGUCACCCAAGACCGAAACGGCUCCUCCAAGAACGUGCGAUGGACGGUCGAGUUCGUCGACCGACCCAGCUCCGACGACGACAAUAUCAACAGCAACAACAUCAUCCGGCUAAAGAGCUGCUUCGGCAAGUAUCUCACCGCCUCCAACCACCCCUUCCUUCUCGGCAUGACCGGCCGGAAAGUCCUCCAGACUCUGCCCCCACGCCUCGAUUCGUCGGUCGAGUGGGAACCCAUUAGAGAAGGGACACAGGUCAAGCUCAAGACCCGUUACGGCCAGUUCCUCCGCGCCAACGGUGGUCUGCCGCCGUGGCGCAACUCCGUCACGCAUGACAUACCUCAACGGACCGCCACCCAGGAUUGGAUUCUCUGGGAUGUUCAUGUCGUCGAGAUUGUGGUUCACUCCCCUGCUCCUAGACCCCCUCCGGUGCUCCAUUCAGAUUCAUUUGCCUCCGAAUCGAGCUCUCCUUCCAAUCAUUCCACUGAGUACAACAGCUUUUCAAGACAAGAGAUGGGUGAUUCUGUGGUGGGUUCACCGGCGAUUUCAAGACAAGAGAUGAAUAAUUCUGUGGUGGGUUCGCAGGCGAAGGCGACGGAUGGUCGGACUAUAUAUUACUAUGUUGCAGAUGAAUUUGGGGAGGUUGAUGAGGGUGUGGAGGGUUUAUGCAUUGGUUUUAAGGGGAAGGGGGUUGAUGAAUUGACUCAUAGGUUGGAGGAAGAGACGGGCCUGGAUGACAUUAUUGUGUGCUCACGGAGUCCGUUGAAUGGGAAGCUUUACCCCCUCCGUUUGCAGCUACCGCCGAACAAUGUGACUUUGCACGUUGUUGUAGUUGAAUCCUCAUCGAAAGUGGCAAGAGAGUUUGCGAAAAUAGGAGCUCCAUUAUAAAACCUGCCACAAUAUUUUCGGUAUGAUACAAAUACAGAUACAACUUGGGAAUUUGUACAUUCUGCUUCAGGUCUGUCCGUAUGCUUGCUGGAACAAAGAAUAAGUUAAGAGCGGAUUGCUUCUCUAUCUUAGUUAAACUUAAUACAGCAUAAAUAGAUGUCUGGUGACAUUGUAGCAAAAAUCACCGUUGCCUUAUCUAUAAUGCUCUCUUUUUGGGAACUUCCACAGUACUUUUUGUUAUUUGAGAGGUUUAUGGUUCUUUUUUUGGCA